AUGGGGAACGUUGCAGAAGAUGGCGGAUGUAACGCGAAAAGCGGUAACCCCUUUGGCCCUUUCUGGGACAGUGAAGGCGUAAACUUCGUCUCGUCUGAGUUCUUCGGGCCGCUUAGUUUCGACGCUCAUCGCAGCUCUGUUGUUGCCGGUUGGAAGUCCCGCUAUCCCAGCGAACAGUGGCCAGGCAAGGGGAACAAGUUUUUAAUCUCUCUUCAGUCCUUCGAGAAUAGCUGGUUUUUUCGAGUUGAAGCUAUACGACCUGGUGGUUUUUUCGAAGGGCCGAAUGGCACCAGUUACUUGAAAGAAUCUUGUAAGGAACCAGGAGUAGCCGGAGCUUGCCAUUUCCGCGUGUGGAUUGCUUGCGAUCAGAGUGUUUCCUCACAGGAAGUUGAGGCUGUUGUUUUAUUUUUUGGUGCAACUUCUUCCGCAGUGUUGGCGUUUGUGGGGGCUCCCGCAUCGUUCCCCGUACAGGAGGAAAACGUGGAGCUUCACAAGUAUGUGAAGUGGAACGAACGCAUGAGGAAAGCUGCGGAGGAGUUUGUGCGCGAAAAUUUGCCUCGCGGUGCAUACGUGGGCGUGCACCUGCGUAAUGGCGUUGACUGGGAAAGAGCCUGCGAGCACCUGCAGGAAGAGGCCUCGCUUCCGUCUCUGUUCUCUUCGCCGCAAUGCGUGGGCUACCACGGGGAGAAGGGAACUCUGACCCGCGAAAUGUGCUUGCCAUCAACCGAGGCGAUCGUCAAAGCUGUGAAGAAGGCUGUGAAGCGCGUGAAAGCCAAGUCAGUGUUUGUCGCUACUGACAACGACCCAUUGGUCAGUGCAUUGUCUCGGGCCUUGGCCAAAUCGGGAAACGGCGGGGGUGUGACAGUGGUGACGAGUCGUGAUGUGAAAACUUCGCUGAGCCCGCUUGAAGCUCCGCAACUGGAUCUCGUUGUUCUCGCGAAGGCGAACGAAUUCGUUGGAAACUGCGUGUCUUCAUUCUCCGCGUUUGUGAAACGGGAACGGGAUGCUGCUGGGUUUCCUUCUUCCUGGAUCGCGUUUCCGCCGGGGAAUUCCAAGAAAACUUCACAGCAUAAGGCCAAUGACGAAUUAUCAUCGUGUAUUAUAAACGCGGCUCAAGUUGUUCGCUUCGAGUGUUUCUUGGUGCUUGGGAUAUUUAGUCUCUAUAGUGGACUCAAGUGUCGGUUAAACAUUUUUAGUGGAAUUUUGGCGAAGGAAACACGAGCCCCGGGAAGAGAGUCUGCAGGGCACAGACAAUGGGUUAACAUGGUGCUUAACAAAGAGUGUGCGGGAAGAACGGAAAACACGUCAAGAACACUGUCCUCAGGAGAAGAGACUUCGCUUGCGUCAGAUUCAGUUAUUGCGUCCACAUCGUCCGACCUGGUCGGCGACUUGGCCUAUGGUCAACUGGUCAUUCUGGGAUACAAUGGCAGUUUGCCCAGCGGCGAACGUCGUCGCCGGAAGAGCAAAUUUACACUGUCUCGACGGCCCGUUGCCAAUGGCCUCAAGAAGUCGAGGUCAACGUUGGUGACGUUGAGCACUCCAAAUGUUGUGGAUCUGCCAGCAGUAGCGGACCGAGCGACGCACUCAAUUUCGUAUACGCUGAGCCGCACUCAGGCCGUCGUCGUCGAAUAUGUGCGGGACGAUAAGACGGACUUGUUCCAAGUUGGUCGCAGCUCGGAGAAACCGAUCGACUUCGUCGUCAUGGAUACGGCAGGUGCCCCUCCUCCAACCCAGGGCUCCUCUGCUGGACAGUCCACAAUUUCUAGAUUUGCAUGUCGUCUGUUGGUGACGCGUCGGGACGCCGGGGAUAACCAAGAAAAACCGGUCCAGGCUCGGGUUUUUGCUGCUGGAUUCAACUCCGAAUCAAAUAUCUUCCUUGGUGAGAAGGCGACGAAAUGGCAGGAAAACAGCGACAUGGACGGGCUGACGACGAACGGAGUGCUCUUGAUGCAUCCUGAUGGGGAGUUCGUUGGUGGGAACGCCAAAGCUGGUAAGUGGCGGGAAGUGAGCGUCGGCGGAAACAUUUUCUCGCUUCGAGAAGCGAGGAGUUCGUCGCGUCGUGGAGAGGAGCAACAGGAUGAAGCCAACGUUCUGACGGACGGUUCUUUGAUCGAUUUGUGCGGCGCAACGUUGCUGUGGCGUUCGUCCGAAGGCCUGCGACAGAGUCCAACCCGAAGACACGUGGAGCGCAUGAUCGAGAUCAUCAACGCAGGCAAGCCCCAGUGUCCAGUCGGACUCAACACGCUCGUGCUGCCGCGACACAACUCGAACACGCCGAAUCAGCUAAUGUACGUGUACCUUCAGUGUGGACACGUGCAAGGUCAGCACGACUGGGGCGUCGUUGCCGGCGCCAACGAGCGCCAGUGUCCCAUGUGCUUUGUGGUUGGUGCCGUGACCAAGUUGGAGAUGGGACUCGAGCCAGCUUUCUAUGUGGACUUCGAGCCGCCCACGCACGCCUUUAAUCCGUGUGGGCACAUGGCGUCUGAGAAGACCGUCAAGUACUGGGCCUUUGUUCCGUUCCCGCAUGGCCCCAGUGGCUACAGGGCCAUGUGUCCCUUUUGCGCCGUUUCUCUCGAGGGUUACCCCGGGUUCACCAAGCUCAUUUUCCAAGAUAACAUUGACUAGGCCCGUUUCAUGUAAUUUUUUUAUUUUUUCUUCGAUGGAUUCACGGCUGCUGGGAUGGUGUCUUGGGCGUUCAGUACCAUUUCUUCUCUGCUUAUGAUGUUUAUUUCCCGUUUUUCUCUUGUAUUUUAACGCGAGAAGGUGAGUUCAUUUGGAAAUUAUCUCAUUGAGGUUCAAGGUUUCUGAGGAAGCCCUAAGUUGGAUGAACUCGCUAAUGGAAAUUUUGAAAUGUCUUCGAGGAAGGAAAUUUAAAAAUGGUUCCGUCUUAGUAGUACAUUGUCUCGGGUGGGCUCUUGUUUUAGUGUGUCAUCUAACGCAAAAUCUGCGUCUAAACCCGUAUUUGCUUAUCUUCUACUGAGAUGGAUUGUUCAUGAGUUUUUUCAGUACCUUGAAGUGAAGUUCUUUGUGUACCCGAGUUUCUUAGUCAUGAACCACUGUGAGGAUCACGAAAACUAAUCGUGUGCCCCUUUGAUAUGGAGCAUUUUCAACUCUGUCUUCUUUCCAUUUCAGCCUGAGGAGCAAAGGGGGAAUUGUGGUCAGUGUUGAGUCCAGUACAAUACUGAUGAAUGUUGAACUUUUACAAGAAAAAAUUGCGACCAAAAAAGCAAGUUCAAUUUUAAAAAAACGAAAUUGCCCUGAAAUGUCAUCUACAGUUUUUUCUGUCCCUGGUGCUACAAAAUUCUCCGGGAUCUCUUCUAUGAUUUCGGUGCAUUGGGCUCUUCGUGUUCCGCAUUUCAUAUAAUUCGUUGAAGGAUUAUCUUGGAAUGCAGAAGUUUUUCUUUACCCUCAGACGGACUGAUGGAUUCUUGAAAUUCUAUCCGGGUUCAACAUAAAAAGUUGUUCGUUUUUGAAGUGAUACCUCAUUCAUCCAAAAAAGAUUGUGUCCAUGUCUUCUAUGAGAAUUUUGCAGAGACGGAAAUCCAAAAAAUGUUCUAUGUGGCAUUUUAAUGCUGACUAAAAAUAAUCGAAAUUUAUUCGAAUGUGUGGAAUGAAUUCGAACCUAUUCAAAUGUGUGAGAUUACAUAUGCAGUCGGCUUAGUGCAUGCGAGUACGUGCGUACAAUUGAAAUUUUAAAUGGUAGAUGACAUGCAAAAGCGUUACUGGAAAAUUGAUGACUCUACAUCAAGUUUGUCUGGUUAUUUGAAGCUCCUUGGAAGAUUUCAAUCUUUGAUGAGUUCACAUGCUAGGUUCGGGUUAUUUUGUGCGCAGAAACGAAAAUAAGUGUUGAGAUAUGUGGAAGGCGAAAGGAUGGGAUAACCUGGACGCGUAGGGCCGUAGGCAGUGCGUCGAGGGAAAUUUCGCAGGCCGCGAAUGCAUAUCUGGAGAGCUAACAUGUCGAAGGACGAGUGAUCGUGUUAUGUAGAUGCUAUCAUACAUUUGGAAGCUGAUUUUGUGAUCUGAAGCAGAUUUGAAGAGGGAAAAUUAUUUCUGUGAGUACUGUAUGCUAACAAUAAUCCUCGUUUGAAUUAAUUACGAGUUCAAAUCUUGAGCGGAUCAGAACUUCCUGCGAAUUUAUUCCGACCAGAGGAACUCACCUUUGGAAUAGUGAAGGUUUCGAUUUUACUCUUGUCAAAUUUUCUCCUGAGGAAGGAAAAAGAGCUUGAAUAUUUGCCUAGUUCCCACUGUUGAAAAGCUUUUCUCUAUCUUCGACGCUACACUUUGUGAAUCGCCGAGUCGAUUUCCAAGCUUUAUGCUGGGAAUGUUUUCAAUGUACCCCCUUAGUAGCUUUAGUUUUUUGUUUGUUUGUUUUUUUUUUUCAAAAAUGUAGUGUUGCAUUUAAUUUCCAGCAAGGUUUUAUUAUGGUGAGAAAUGAUCAUAUCGGAUAUUUUCGCUGGUAAUAUUUUUUGCGUGUUUUUCGGUUUAGGGUUGAUUGCGGGGUUUGUCGCCUUAGGAGCAGAAAUUUUUAGUUCUCAAGAAAACCGAGUUUUCGCUUAAUCUAGGCUAUUAUGCAGCGGAUUUUUUCAUCGAUUUUGAGUUCACCCGCGAAGGAAAAGUUUUCGGGUUGUUUUUUUUAGUCAUUCGCUUGUGUACUUGGGUCAUUUGUGUUCCCCAAAAGCGUUGGAGUGUUCGAAAGCUGCGUGUAGUUUUCGUUUCGCUUCUCUUGUCUUUUUUUUUCAAAUGUUGGCGGGGCGAAGUGGAAGAUUUUGCCGUCCAUUUGACGAGGGAGGUACAAUAUCCACGUGACGUGAAUUAGGUCUUAGUGUUGUAGUUGUGUGCUAACGAUUGCACUUUUUUCUAAUGUUUCGCCAAAUGAGAAUCUUUGGAUGGAUUUUUCCCGAAUCUGACGCAAUUUCUGCUGAAGUUUGUGAUGCAUCCGAUAGCGUGUCGUUCCGUUUAUCUGGUUAUCAUUCUCGAAAUAAAUGGAUCAGUGGAGGAUGCCUCUUUUUUUUGGGGGGGGGGGGGGGUUGUUCGGCUGUUCGAAAGAGAAUUCACUCUACACCCAUGCUAGUUGUGAAAAUGAAAUUACCGUAUUCGCGCGAUUUUCUUUUUUGACUGCCGCAAAAUUCUGCUAGACAAAAUUUUUGUUAAUUUUUCUCUGUGCUGUAUUGCUUGUGGGAUUGGGUCAGGCUCGUUGCUUCAGCUGAGUUGCCAUCUACUACAGUAUAGUUGGAUCAGUUUUCUUCCUUCGUGCUUGAGUAUUUUCCGUCUUGCGGUUCUUUGAUUGUUCGAGCGACGAUAACCCUAGCUUUUUUUAUCCAUGCGUUAUGAUGUAAUUGGUGGGAUCGGAGCCAAUUGGACUUCCGCGUCGGACGAAGAGCUUGUCAACAAAAAAAAUAUUUCAUGUGUUUUUCGCCAAAAUUUUCCUUCUACUGACUGCUGGAGGAAACUUGACUUGUUUUCGGCUGUGAUGUAAUUGUGGGCGGGUUUUAAUUCCUGAUUGCAAUUAAUCGCUCGGCUAUUGUCUCUUCUGUGCGCUGAUCUUUUUUUUUUCACUGGAGAUCCCGAGAAAGCAUCGAUCUUUUCGGAAUUUUAGGCAUGUUUUUUUUUGGGCGGGGUCCCGUAGUUCGGUUCCAUUCUGACAUUUAAUAACCUUUGCUUUGAUGCGUUCGCGUUGGAAGGGAUUUAUUGUGGACAGAUAUUUGAUAGACCGAAUGGCCAUAUGUUGCGAAGAAUGUUUGAGUGAAGAGGGAUCAUGGAUAUUUUUUGUUCGAGCCCCACUUGAUUGCGUUUGCUUCUUCGUGGGCAAAUUUGAUGGGCUUAGUCUUGUCAAACCAAACCGAGUUUGAUGAUUACGCAAGGAUUUGUGGAUUUCAAAUGCAAUUUGUGGUUUUGAAAGUGGAACA